AUGGCCACCACCACAAGGUGUAGUCGUAGCAGCGGCAACGUGCCACCUGGCUUGGCCCUACCAUGCUUGCUGCUGCUGCUGCUGCUCGCCGGCGUCUCCAACGGCCAGCUCCAGACCGGCGGGCCGUCGUUCGACGUGCCGACGGGGCGGCUCGACGGGAAGGUGUCCAACCUGCGGGACGCCGACGCGCUGCCGGACGUGCACGACGGGAUCGACGCGCUCCGCUCCAAGUUCCGCGCCAACGGCCUCGACGAGAAGGACCUCGUCCUCCUCACCGGUUGUUUUGCUAUUUCUAUGAGCAUUAAUUUUCCUAUGUUAUAG